CGAGUGCGAGAACCGUCGGUGGCGGCGCGAGGAAACUUUAAACACACGCGGAGAAAAGAGAGCGAGGAGGAGGAAGGAGGAAUACCGAGAAACCGAGCAUGGCAGUCCGGGAGGACGGAGAGCUGCUCCAGCGCGGCGGGAAGAACAGCGGCAGACAGCAGCAGCAAGACGGAGCCGCCACUGCCACCGCCACCGUCACCUCCACCGAGAGCCUGAGGAACGGCUACGUGAAGGGCUGCGUGACGCCGCUGAAGCAGGACGGCGAGCGGGGGCUGCUGGCUCACGCGUGCCGCCUGUGCGGCGCCUCGGAGCCGCUGCGGGCCUGGGCGGCCUGCGCUGGCGGAGCCCUGGCCGCGCUGGUCGCCGCUCUGGCCGCCGCGUGGCUGCUGCUGUUAGCGGCAGCUGCUUCUCCAGCCUCCCCGUCUCGCUGGAGCUCGGCAGCGGCGGGGCUGCGGGAGUUCGCGGGCGACGCGUGGCACUCCGCGAGCCCGCUGUUCAGCAUCGGCUGCGCCUACUUCUUCCUCACGCUGUACCUGCGGCGGGCGGAGCGGGAGAGCGGCCGCGGCUGGCUGCUCGCCCUGCCCGCCUCCUGCCACCUCGGGGACUGGCUGCUGGCGCGGUUCGUGGAGGACGGGGAGAGGGAUUCGGACGAGGAAGCCCCGGUGGUGGCGGCGGCGAGCCGGCUGCCGCUCGCUCUGGCCUGUGCCGGCCUGCUGACGCUGGCCCCCGCGGCUCUCCGGCUCCGCCACAGCGUGCUGGCGCUGGCCCUGGCCGCCGCCGCCUGGCUAGUGGCGCUCGGGGGGCUGGGACGCGUGCCCCCCGCGCUCAGGCCUGCCCUCGCCGCCCUGGCGGGAACCGGGGGCGCCGCGCUGGCUCUGGGCUUCGAGCGGCGCUACCCGGCGCGGCAGGCCGUGAGCAGCGCGGGGACCGAGGAGAAGGUGCCGGUGGUGCGGCCGAGGAGGAGAUCGAGCUGCGCGGCGCUGGGGGAAGCGGCCGGGGGCUGCUACGGAGGAGCCUGGAAGAUGCCCCGGAGGCCCUCGCUGCCCUGCAUAUCCAGAGAACAGAUGAUCCUGUGGGACUGGGACCUGAAGCAGUGGUAUAAGCCGCAGUAUCAGGGUGCUACCUGUGGGAAUGGUGUGGAUCUGUCGGUGAUAAAUGAAGCUCGAAGCGUGGUGUCGGACCUGCUGAUGGACAUGUCUCUCUCGCCUCACGUUCUCUCCUCUCUGAGGAGCGUCAGCAGCCUGAUGGGGACGUUCUCGGGCUCCUGCCGACCCCGGGUCAACCCCUUUACCCCCUUCCCCGGGUUCUACCCCUGCGCCGAGAUGGACGACCCCGCCGAACGGGGCGAGAGGAAGUCCCUUAAGGGUCUGAGCAGCAGGAACAGUCUGCCCACUCCUCAGCUGAGACGAAGCUCCGCCUCCUCCUCGCUGCCUCCUCUGGAGACGCUGCCGUCCCCUCGCUGGGAGCGCAGUAACGGAAAGAGACCUCACACUGAGCUCAGUAGCGGCAGCAGUCAGGGCUCUUUCUCUAAUGGUCCAAACAGCAACCUGCUGACCAUCCCCAAACAGAGGUCCUCCUCCGUCACGCUGGCGUUCGGCCACACCGUCCCCCGGAGACCAGUCUUAUUCUCAGGUGCGUCUCCGAGCCUCAGUCCGGUUAAUUCUCCGAGUCACAGUCCCCCCGGCGCUCCCGGCUCGUCUCUGAUCACCCGCUCCCCGGUGGAGUUCCCAGACACCGCCGACUUCCUCACCAAGCCCAGCGUCACCCUGCACAAACCCCUGGGCUACACACUCAGCUCACCUGACUUCCAGCAGUACCGAAGCCCCGCCUCCACCCUGCUCUGCACCAGUUGCGGGAGGCAGAUGCUGAAGAGCGGUCCGAGUUUGGAAGUGGGUGAGAGUCACCUGCCCUCAGCAUCUGAACUGCAGAGACGGCGCUCAGCUGAGGGGGGGGAGUACGGCGGGGACAGUCUGAUCAGGGAGGAGAGCGUGGAGGCCGAGGCUCAGGGAGAAAGCUCCGGAGCUCCUGGGAAAUCCAGAGAACGAGGGCAGCCGGAGGAGGACCAGGAGGAGGAGGGGGAAAGCUCCAGUGUGGAUCAGACGCCGUCCAAUCCGGAGGGCGAGGAGGAGUUUAAGUUGGACCCCUUGCUGGAGGACCAUGAAGGCCUGAUGGAGAAGCUCAAUAGCUGGAACUUCCAGAUAUUUGAUCUGAUGGACAGAACGGGAGGGAAAACGGGGAGAAUCCUCAGCUAUGUGGCGUACACUUUGUUCCAGGACACGGGUCUGUUUGAAAUCUUCAAAAUCCCCGUCCGGGAAUUCAUGACGUACUUCUGCGCUCUGGAGAACGGCUAUCGUGAUAUUCCCUAUCAUAAUCGAGUCCACGCUACAGACGUCCUCCACGCGGUCUGGUACCUCACCACCCGGCCAAUCCCGGGCUUUCAGCAGAUCCACAAUGAACAUGUGACAGGAAGUGACACAGAUUCGGACAGCGGGAUCUCCCCCGGCAGAGUGUCCUACGCCUCGUCUAAAAGCUGCUCGAUCUCAGACAACAGUUAUGGUUGCUUGACCUGGAAUGUCCCCGCCCUGGAGCUAAUGGCACUAUAUGUAGCAGCUGCUAUGCACGACUAUGAUCACCCAGGUCGCACAAACGCCUUUCUUGUAGCCACUAACGCCCCUCAGGCGGUGCUAUACAACGAUCGCUCAGUUCUGGAGAACCACCAUGCUGCCGCUGCAUGGAGCCUUUUCCUGUCACAGCCCGAGUUCAACUUCCUGUCCAACCUGGAUCACGUGGAGUUCAAGCGUUUCCGCUUUCUAGUUAUCGAGGCAAUUCUCGCCACAGACCUGAAAAAGCACUUUGACUUCCUCGCAGAGUUCAAUGCCAAGGUAAAUGAUGUGAACAGUCCAGGUAUCGACUGGACUAAUGAAAACGACAGGUUGCUGGUUUGCCAAGUGUGCAUUAAGCUGGCGGAUAUUAAUGGGCCGGCCAAAGAACGUAGCCUUCAUCUGAAGUGGACAGAGGGCAUUGUGAAUGAGUUUUACGAGCAGGGCGAUGAAGAGGCAGGCCUAGGAUUACCCAUAAGCCCCUUCAUGGACCGCUCCACCCCUCAGCUAGCGAAGCUGCAGGAGUCCUUUAUUACGCACAUUGUUGGUCCUCUCUGCAACUCGUACGAUGCGGCUGGACUGCUGCCAGGAUACUGGAUCGACGGGGAGGGAUCAGAGGAGGAAGAGGAAGAAGAGGAGGAGGAGGAAGAGGCUGAAGACACUGAAACUGACGAUGAAGAGCUUGAAGAUGAGCUACACCUAAAAUCGGGGAAGAGCCGACGCCGCCUGUUCUGCAACAUCAUGCAGCACCUGACUGAGAACCACAAGCAGUGGAAGGGCAUCAUCGAGGAGGAGGAGAAGAGCAAGGAGCAGCAUCAGCAGCAUCAGCAUCAGCAGGCCGACAGCCCCGGCCUUCCUCCAUCAUCAUCAUCCUCAGACGACAUCCAGGUCAUUCAGGAGGAGGCGGAGGAGGAGGAGCGCCAGUAGCAGCUGCAGCAGCAGCAGCAGCGAGACCACCGGCCUCCGUCUGUCCUGAAGCUCCUAGCUGUGGUGGGAGGGGCCUAAGCGAGGUGGAGGGGGCGUGGUCACAUGGUCACGUGGUCUCACACACUUUUGCUCUUCUGCUCUCUUUCGCUGCCCCUCCCACUUCUUUCAAACAUAUAUACACAAUACAUAAUACAUACAUAAAUACAUACAUAGCCCAAACAGGCGCCCACAGGAAGACCCGGUCGGAUCUCCCACACUGAAAUUCGUCACUGUGCCGACGCUCUCUCCGACGCUAACGCCGUUAGCGCACGUUGUGUUAACGAUAAAAAAAAAAAAGAAACGGAAGCGAAAAAGAGAGAAAAAACGUUAAAAAAAAAAAACGUAGAAAAAAACAAAAAAAAAACAAAGGCCUUACUACUGUGAGAGCAUCCUUGCUGCAAAUGAUGGUGGGAGCCCCACUACUAUGCACUUUCACCCCGUGGAGAACAGACGGAUGAAGGACGGACGAAACGAAAAGAAGUGAAACGAAAUGAACACAGCUUUCGAGGAGAUGCGUAAAACGACGUAGAAAAAAAAACGUUACAAAAAUACGUAACGCUCUCCUCCACACUCGGCUGUGAUGCUGCCUUGAAUGCAGAGCUCUUAACUCUCCUGUAGGUACUUCUUCUAACAAUUAUUAUUUAAAGACUGAACAUUCAAAAAAAAGUUUGAAUGAUGAAAAAAAAAGCGUAAAAAAUGACACUUUUAUUUUUAUUUUUAUUAUUUUUUUCUUUCAAGUAAUCGUCACUUGUUACCAAAGCGAACAGUUCAAAAACAAUGUGGCCGAGACUAUUUCAGGCUCAGUGUCAGGAAUACUCGAGAAGCAUAAAUCAAACGUGCCUGUCUGAACUUUUUCAUGAUUAUUUCGUUCGUUUAUUAUUUUGUUUUUCGUUUGUUUUUGUUUUUUUUAAAUAAAUGUAGUCCGUGCGACGAAGGGCGGGACUACGCAGGACUACACAGGCUGCUGCACCGUGGGUUCAGUGCAGCUCCCUCCUCAUGCUGGCGACACGAAACACUGUAUCACUGAACUCGUACGUGGAAAUUCUGACGUUUUUUUGAAACUGACUGAAAACGAAGAGAGAGAAAUUGAGAAAAAAAAAUUAUAAAAAAUUUACGACAAAAAAAAAAGAAAAAACGAACACUGACAUUUACUCCUGCAUCGUUUUUUCGGAUGCUUUUUUAUUCAUGUGUACCACCUGCCUUUUGUUUUAGUCUCUUCGUCUCAUCAUAGUAUUUGUUCGUUUUGAAUUUUUUUUUUGUGUGAGUGCUCAUGGGUUGUUAAUUUUAGAUUUUUUGAUUAUUUUUUAUUUUAAUCUUUUUUUUUUUCCUCUCGUCUUUCCUCUUCAGGAAUGCUGAAUUGCCAAUUGUUGAAUUUCCCUCUGUGUGAAGUCCAGCCGUGUCGAAAGCGAGCGUGUGGAGUGCGGAACAGGAAACCUGUUCUAAAUGAAAGGAUGUUUGUUAGUUUUUUCCUGUUUUAAAUGCGUGUUUGUAUUAUUUCACGGUUACUCAGGAUUCACACGGAUCGAUGGUUCAGCUGACAGUCUGACAAAAAUGUUGCAUUUCAGAAAACAGAAAAACUCAUAUGUGUGUGAGAAAGAGAGAGAAUGUGUGAAAAAUAUAAUAAUUGGAUGAAAGAAAGAAGAAAAAUCUAUAUAUAUACAUCCCAUAAUAAAAAGUGACCACUAUCCCUUAUCACGUAUCGUCCGCCCCAAAAAAAAACUACCGAACUCCACCGAACUGGUAAGAAAUGGAUCCCUGAAGUCUAUUGAGUACGUCAUUGAGUACUGUUGUUAAUCAUUAUGCCCAUAUUUGGUACUUUUUAACCUAAAUCAAAAUAAUAAUGAAUAUGCUUAUUAAAUACUUAAAGGAGAACUAUGGUGUAAAAUCAACUUGAUUUGUAGUGAAACCUAAUAACGAGUAUAAACUUUUGUUGAAUGGCUUAUAAAAUAUCUCUCCCAGCAUUCCGAAAAACAAGACAAAAUUUUCCUUUUUUUUUUUUUUUUUUUUGCUUAUAAUGCAAGUGAUUGGGGCAUAAAUUUGCAAUUUGUACUCGAUUCAAAUCAAUUUGUGAUUCUGGAUUCACAGUUCUGGAUUUAUUAAAAAAUAUAUAUAUAUUUUCUCACAACAAAUUUGAAACAAAUUUUAAAUAUAUAUAAAAAGAAAUUAGACAUUUUCUUAUUUUCAUUUCUACUACUUAUUACAUAUUUUUAUAUAAACACUCUCUGUCCUGUUCUAAGCGUUUAAAAAAAACUACUGUGCUUUUAUAUUUUCACAGUUAAUCACUUUAUGCAUUUAUUUAGACAAUCUAAAUGUGUCUAAAAUAUCAUUGUCUGAGCGGACAGUAAUAAAUAAAAAGGAAAUUAAAAAAAUAUAUAUUUACUCUACGUAAAUAUAUCUUUGUAUCUUUACUAAAGUAUACUAAAGUAUUUAUUUAAUUUGGGCACAUUUAAAAUUCUAACUUCUUCAUUUUCAACCCACUACGUUAUUGGAGAGACAAACCUUGGAAAUAAAAAGCACUUGUGUGAUUGGUUUAGUUGGUUUCAGUCAAAAACGGAUGACGCAUCCUUCACCUUUGCUUAAGCCCACUGGUUCUCUGGUCUGCACGAGCAAGAUUGCAGCUACAUAACAUUUUAUAAACAGAACAUGGAUGUUCUCACAAUGUAUAAUUGUCAAACAUUUUUAUUGCGAUACAGAGUGUAACAAUGCUUUGUUACACCAUUACGAUAUACUGAUAAAAUGGGUAGUAACGUGACCCCACAUGCCGCACAGGGAGAAGAUAGCUGCACCAGUUGUUGAAGCAAAACCCAAACCACAGGUUUCAGAAGAACAAGAGAUCGAUACUCACAAAAUCAGCUCACAAAAUCAACAAUUUACUUAAAUAUACCAAACUCAGUCCCAGGUCUAGAAAAAGGCUAGUGUGAUUCGCUUCAGUAAAAAAAUGACUGAUAUAUACUCUGCCCUUUGCUUACGCCCACUGGUUCUGUUCUUUUGCGUUGCAUCAUGCAACGAUGCUUUGUUACACUCCUAGUUUCCCAUGCAAAGAAAUAACUAUUUUUACACCAUUAAAAACCUUAUUUUCUAUUAAAAAAAAAUUGGCAGCAUGUUUAUUGAAAUUUAAUGUAUACUUUUCAAUAGCAUUAUUUUUAUAUUGUGUUUCACAUUGAUGUCAUGAUAUCCAAAAGCGUUAUUACACAUUGCAUUUUUUUACAGGUGUAACUUAGAAUUUUUAGUUUGCCUGUGGGUUAUACAUGGUCUAAAUUUCAGAAGAAAUUGAGAACCACUCGGAUACGUUACAAUGCAAAUUUAUUAUAGAGACAUUUUCUGCAACAGCUGGAAUUCAUGCAUUUUUAGAAUCAAUUUUAGAAUUAAUUCUUUAAUCUGUUCCCCUGUCCGGCUUAUCCAUUCGUCACUAGCAUUGUUGGCUAAAAGUCAUUGUAUUUGGAAAUGCUAGGAGUGAACGGCGGUGGGAUAUUCAAAAGUUCGUACAUGUUCAGAAUUUUACUACAACCCAAGCCCAUUUCACACUGGAUUUCUCCUUUAAUGACAAACAGAAAGAAAAACAGAUGUUGCUACACUUAAAAAUGAUAUAUAUAUACUCUGCUCCUAGCUUACGCCCACGGGUUCUCUUUGGCCUGUACUAGCGGAAUUGCGACUUCUAGUGUUUAAACAAGUAGUAGCCACUGAGAGCUUUAUUUUUAUAUAUUUUUGUGAAGCAGUGGAGGAAAGCACUUGAACGCCCUCUUGUGGAGUCUAAUCAGAAUACACCUGUAAUCAUUUACGUAUCUGCCGAAUUUUAAGACGUAAUUAUGAGCUUUAACUAUGAGUUUUAGUCCCAGAUUUUACAUAUUGCAUUUUUUUAGUCCGUAUGUCUUUUAGGUGUUACUUUGAAUU